AUGGCAAAAUGGGGAGUAACAUCUAAUUUGACAUGUCCCUUAUGUCAAGUGGAGGAUGAGGAUAUCGAUCACCUCUUUUUUGCAUGCAUGUUCACUGCUGGAAUAUGGAAGAAGCUGCUAGCUUGGCAAGGAAUACGACGUACAGGAGGGAAAUGGCAUGAAGAAAUACAAUGGGCAACAACACAUAUGAAGAACAACACCAGCAAAGCCAAGGUGUAUAGGAUGGUUCUGGCAGGGACCAUCUUUCAUGUGUGGCUAGAGCGCAACAACAGAAUCUUUCAGUCCAAACAGAGAAAUGAGGAGUUCAUGAUUAGACACAUCAUUUCAUUAGAGAUAUACAUGGAAGAGGAUCCCAUUAUAGGAAGAUAG